AACAAUUACAAAUUGUAGUACGUGCGUAGUCUUUCUAGUUCUCAAGUCUCACACUCACUUAUAUCAUCACGUAUAGAAUUCGUCAAGAGUUCGGCCAAGCGCCAUGAAUUCCCAAAUACUCUUCGUUAGUCUCGCCUUAGUUUUCAUCUUUGUUGCAGGAGCAAAUGCGACUACAAUCACCAUUAAAAACAACUGUCAAAGAACCAUCUGGCCGGCAACCUUAACUGGCGACCAGAAACCUCAACUCUCAACCACCGGUUUCGAGUUAGCACCUGGAGCUACCCAGUCCGUGGACAUCCCAGCGGGCACUUGGACCGGCCGCUUCUGGGGCCGAGAUCGAUGCUCCACCGAUGCAUCCGGCAGGUUCAUGUGCGCCACCGGCGACUGUGGCUCCGGUAGGGUUGAGUGCAACGGUUUAAGCGGAGCCCCGCCGGCCACUCUGAUCGAACUGACCAUCGGAGGAGACGGGGGAAAAGAUUUCUACGACGUGAGCAACGUGGACGGGUUCAACGUGCCCGCUUCUGUUGCGCCCCAAGGCGGUAGCGGCGAGUGCCAGCAGUCAAGCUGCCCAGUCAACAUCAACGACGCAUGCCUAGCUGAGCUCCAGUAUAAAUCCGGAAACGAUGUCGUUGGGUGCCUGAGCGCUUGCACCAAGUUUAAUGAGGACAGGUACUGCUGUAGAGGAGCCUUUGAUAAACCAGAGACAUGUCCUCCAACUGACUACUCUAACUUCUUCGAGCAGAAAUGCCCUCAGGCUUACAGCUACGCUUACGAUGAUAAGACCAGUACUUUUACCUGCACCGGUUCUAACUAUCUCAUCACUUUCUGCCCAUGAUCACCAUCCAUCACCAUCAAAUAUUAUACAUACAAAAAAUUAAAAUAAAGAAACAGAAGCCAUAUGUAUUAAUCUUAUAUACAUACUUCAGUAUUAAUUUAUAUGCUGGUACAUCUUACAGAAAUAUUACAGAGAAGAGAAGAAUAAAUUAAUAAUGAUGUUGUUUAUGCUAGCUUGGCAUGCAAUAUCGAUCGACAUGUAUGUACUUGUUUGUCAUCAAGCCAUAUAUAAUAUAUACUAUGGAUUAUCAAUAAAAAUUUCUCUUUCCUUGUCGAUUA